UGCUUCAUUCGCCGAUAAAUACAGUUCGGUAGGCAAUAGUCUAAUCUGAUUCAUCAUCAUUGAAGGACAAAAGGAUAGAAGAGAGAGAAGCGUAACGCCAUAGCCGCCGAUAACAGCGAUAAUCAUCAAAGCUCAGGAUUGGGAGGUGAAUUUGAAGUUUUUAUGAUUUGGUUUACUUGCUGCAAUUCUUCCUUGGUAGGGGACCCUUUGGUCUUAUUAUAGUACAGUGAUUUAUUGUCCACAUAAGUUGUUGGACGGAGAGAUGAGGACGUCUAAGCAGCCCCAAAGUAAGGGCAACAUCCACAGUUACUAUCACCAGCAAAUGGAUCAGUACUGUUACUCUGAUUUCCAAAUCCUGAACAACAACAAUAAUAUCACCCCGGUUGAAACCCCCCAAACAACCCAAAUUUCUGUCCAGACAUGUGAUGAUUCGUACUUCACCCUUGAGUCAUCUCCAGCAGUUGGUUACUUGAUGUACGAUUCUCCUGCUGGAGCCAGCAUCUCAUCUAGUCGGAGCCCCUUUUCGCAGGAAGUUUCUCAAUCUUGUGUUUCCGAGCCCAAUCAUUCUUGGGAUAAUAACGACAGUUCCCCAGUAAGCGGCUCUUCAAAUAUUUCAAUUGUGGAUGAUAACAUGUGGAACAUACUGAAAGAUUUGGAGAAGAAACUGAUGGAUUCAGAAAAUGACAGCACCAGUUGUCAGACCUCAAGCUCAUGUCAGUUGAUGGAAACCACCCAUAGUCUAGAGGCCCUAGACUUGAAACACGUUCUUAUUGACUGCGCCUUGGCAAUAUCGAAUGAGGAAUAUCAGAAAGCAGUAAGAUUAAUGGAGACGCUAGAAAACAUGGUUUCUGUUUCAGGAGAUCCUUUCCAGCGGUUGGCUGCUUAUGUUUUGGAAGGCCUUAGAGCAAGGCUGUUAUCUUCUGGAAAUAUAAUCUACAAGAAGUUGAAAUGCAACGAGCCAACAGGGUCUGAACUCAUGUCCUACAUGUCUGUCCUAUACCAUAUCUGCCCUUACUACAAAUUCGCCUACACUUCCGCCAAUAUCAUCAUUGGGGAAGCCAUGCAAACCGAGAAUCGGAUUCACAUAAUCGAUUUCUGCAUCGCCCAAGGAAGCCAAUGGAUAGCCUUCAUCCAAUCGAUCGCAAACCGGCCAGGCGGGCCACCUUUCAUACGUGUAACUGGCGUUGAUGAUUCCGAUUCAUUUCACGCACGCGGAGGAGGAAUGGAUAUAGUCGGAAAGAGGCUUAAAGAAGUCGCCAGGUCAUGCAGAGUCCCAUUUGAAUUCCACGGUGCUGCCAUGUCAGGAUGUGAGGUGAAACUCGAAAACCUAGGAAUCCGAGAGGGAGAAGCCGUGGCUGUGAAUUUUCCUUUCAUGCUUCACCACAUGCCUGACGAGAGCGUAACUACUUCAAACCAUAGAGAUAGAUUGAUAAGGCUGGUGAAGAGCCUCUCUCCGAAAGUGGUGACAUUAGUCGAACAAGAAUCGAAUACGAAUACUUCUUCUUUCAUGCCAAGGGUGUUGGAGACUUUGGAAUAUUACACGGCCAUGUUUGAAUCGAUAGAAGCGGGUUGCACAAAGGAUGAGAAGAAGAGGAUAAGCGCGGAGGAGCAUUGUGUGGCUCGUGAUAUCGUGAACAUCAUAGCGUGCGAGGGAGAGGAGAGGGUGGAAAGGCACGAACUGUUUGGGAAAUGGAGGGCGAGGAUUAUGAUGGCCGGUUUUCAACAGUGUGGAUUGAGCCCGUAUGUGAGCAUGGCGGUGAAAGACAUGCUGAGAGAAUUCAGUCCGAAUUAUAAAAUUGCAGAGAUGAAUGGAGCUUUAUACCUUGGAUGGAAGAACAGAGCCAUGGCAACUUUGUCAGCAUGGAGGUAACAGAAAGAAAGGUAAACUUCUAUGUAUAAAAAAGUUAAAGAUGAAGUUGUUGAUAGAUAAUAAUAAUAAUAAUAUAGAGGAUAGAGGUGAUGGCUUAGAAGAGAUGAUUUAUGUCCAGGACAGAAACUGUAGAUCUUACCAAGAGAUAUUGAAGUCCAUCUUAGUAAUAAUAUGAUCAGUUUGUGAGCUAGGAAUCUAUAGUUACCUUAGUUUUGAUGUUAGUGGAAUCAUUCCAUUAACCCAACUUCCUUUUGUGUUAA